AUGGCACAAAGUGCAAUAGCAGAAGACAUUUAUUGGGAAGAUGCAGAUGAUUCCUUAAAUGAGUUCCUGGAAGUUAAGGAACCAGAAUCUGGACUCAUCAGUCAUUUGCGUCGGUUAAAGAGACAGCUGUUUUCUUCAUUCGCCGAUACAACUGAAGAUCCGGCAGAAUAUGAAUCAGCAACGUCCGAUCAGUUCGAUGAAAACGGAAAUGAUGUUGACGACGACGAAACUCCAAUCGAAGGUUCGGGAACAUUCAGGAGAGAUCCAGAUAAUAGGGAAAAAACACUCCGCGUUACUUUCGUGGUGAUGGAGCCCUUCCAGAUCGAAUACUCCGACAGAGACUCUGAACAGUUCCAGAAUAUCUCAAUAGGAUUAGCAGACGCAGUCAACAGCCUGUUUGAUUCAGUUUCCGGGACUCAAAGAGCCAGUCUUGUCAGGAUACAGUCGAGGUUAUCGGACGAGUUUUCGUGCAAAGUGACUAUGGAUAUCACAACAUCUGGGUUCGAUGACACUAAGGAAUUGGCGAGGAUCCUUCAAGAUCACAUCAGGCAAAGAAGACAACUCGGAAUCUUUACAGUAGACGAAAACGAAUUUUUAUCCACCGAUAUAAUUGACCCAGGUACUACUAAUCUGGAGUGUGCUGCUGAUGAGAUAAAGUGUGACGAUAAUCAUUGUAUUGCUAACUGGGCUUGGUGUAACGGUUCUCCGGACUGUCCCGACGGCAGUGACGAAGCGUCGUGUCAAGAUCAAGAAUCCGAAGGCGAAGACCAGACCAAUGAAGUCGAUCAACAGACUUCGACGCCGACAUCAAAUAGCCAAAGGAAACCAGAUAAUGAUGGCCUUGAUACGUUUAGCGUAGCACCGAAUGGAGAAAACGAAUUAAUUCCUGAGACGACUACACCUCGCUCAGAACGCGGGGAUGGUGAUGAGGGUGACGAUACCACCUCAACUGACACAGAAAAUGAAGUUAUACCAGAAACAACUACAGCCCAAAUUGAUUCGUGCGCGGCGUACGAGUUCAGAUGUGACAGCACGCGGUGCAUCCACCUGACACAGCGCUGCGAUCGCCGACAGGAUUGCGAUGACGGCACAGAUGAAGCCGGCUGCCCACCGGGAGGAACUCUAGUUAUAUUCGCGGCGGAGCUGAUUGGUUGUUAUGGACAAAAAUCAUAA